AUGUGGACGGGCCUGCGAGUUUGCUUAUGUCUGCUUAUGUCUGAAGACUUUGGGCGAAUCCGAGAAUAGGGACGUGUGAAACGUUAUUAUGCGUUGAGGGUGUGCAGGGUAGCGUGGGAGCUUUUCAUCGGAAUUUGGUGCUCUGCUGGUAGCACGCUUGUCAGUGCACUGUAAACCAUUAAAACCAGAGCGGUGAGCACGGGUAAUUGAGCAUGACUUGCAGAUGGACCGACGUUGCAGGCGAUCCCAAGGACCGGAACGGAUUGAAGCAAGGAGGGGAGGCACAACAAGACUUACCGCGAUGUAUUGAGCAGCGUUGUGUGAAUAGUCGUAUGUAUGGUGGUGGAUCGAAACGGGGUAGAAGAAGGAUACCUAGCGUCAAGCGGUUUGAGGGGGUCCGAUUGAGGUGGCUCGUAUGUCUCGUAGGUCGUAGGCUGUUCUUCGGGGCGUUAAACCGGGCUCUGCUGGACCGAGUGCGGAGGGAAAACAAAGGUGGUGGUGGGUUGGUUUUUUUUUUUCUUUUCCCCACCCCCCGUCAAGCUGUCUUCCUUACGCUAGUGGGCGGCUUGAGGCGUAUGGCGUAUGGCGUGGGUUUACUUUUCCGUCUGUAUGCAGAGCACGGUGCCUCCGGUGUCUCGCGCAGCUCAAGUCGCAGGACUGGGAUGGCGACUGGUACUGGAUUGGGGCGGCAGGUCGGGGCAAGUCAAAGAGCUGGGCGUGGAACUGGAAGGGGGUUGGUCGUCGAGUGGAAAUGUUUCGAUGGCAGCAAUGUGCGUGGGACACGCGAGCGCGGAUUCGCUGUGGCAGUGGGCGUCUGAGCUCUGCGAACCAGGAACCGGAAGCGAGAGGGUUGC